CAACGCUCCUCUUGCUUUUUCCUCCAAAGUAUGUUAUAUUAAGUUUCGUGAAGCAUCAAGUGUUGGUGUGGCCCAGCAUCUAACUAACACGGUUUUUAUUGACAGAGCUCUGAUAGUCGUACCCUGUGCAGAAGAUGACUAGACUGGCCAAGGCAGACCUGUUACACUUGCCUGAGUUAGGCAUUGUUUGCCAUGCCACUAAACCUGCCGUCAAGUGAAACCUUCAUGGGGAAAAUGAGAUCGAAGUCUGGCCCGCUGAAGAUGGACGCCCUGUCUCUGUUUUUAUUAUUUUAUUUUGCUUUCCUUUCCUUUUUUUUUAUUUUGUCCCUUUUUUGUUUUGUUUUUGUUUUUGCUGAAUCUCUUUCACUUCUACUUGUGAACUGGUUCUUCAGUUCUGUAAAAAUGGUGUUUUGUAAAGGGUUCAUAAUGUUUCAUUUUACAGUUGCCUUUCUAAAGCUAUUUGAGGGUGGUGAAUGGUAUAUACACCAAAUGUUGAAUUAGAUCAUCUAAAUUCUUUGCUGUAAACUAGGGAUGAACAGUGCCUUAUAGAUAUGUUUAGGAAUCUUAAUUUAAUUCUGUCAGGUAGAUCAGAAUAUGAUAUAUGAAGAUUAAAAUAUGCGUGUGGACUACAUUUUCAAAAGUACAUGUCUCUGAAAAAGCCAGCUGAGUCUUUCUUAUUGCAUCUUUCUUGAGAAUCUAACUUUUACCAAACAAAAGCACAAGGCACAUGGCUUUUUAAUUAAUUUUUAAUGUGAAGAAGUUUAGAUAUCUGUUUUGGAUUUGCUUUUGAAAAAGUUCUGAACAUUCUAGACUCUUUAUUCUCACUGUAUGUGAAAUUCUAACUCCAUUGGUAGUAAUGGAGGUUGGGGUUUUUUUCCCCAUUAACUUCACUAGGGUCAGGAUUUCAUCGUAUUUGUAUUAAUUUUAAGAAAAAUCUUUAACACACAUUAGUGUAAAUGGACUCUGAGCCUUUGAAUGUUUUGUCAGUUAUGUUGUCUUUUAACAAUGUUAUCUGUGGGAAGAUGGAAACAAUUUUUUUUAACCUUAACGCACUAGAAUGGCGUUUUCAUUUAGAUGCAACAGAAAGGGAUUUUAUAAGAAAUGGUUCCAUACAUAAGUUUAUAUUUCCCAGUGAUUUAAAAAAAAAUACUAAGAAAAUAAUAUAUUAUUUUCUAAUCUCCAGAUUAGAUAUGAGUAUAAAGUGUCUCCUUAAUUGAAACAUCGCUGAAACCCUUGUAUUCUUUUUUAUAUCCUCCAAAACACAAGGAAACUGAUCUCUUCUGAACACUUGUAAUUUUGUGACUAAUACACUAAAUUUUACUGAUGACAGGCCUAAUUGUCGUUUACAGUAAGGCUACUUUACAUUGCUCUGGCAAGCCAUUUCUAAACUACAGAGCCUGUACUAUCAUAGCUAUUUAGUGAACUUGCAAUGCACACUGAUAGAAGGAGUUUUUCUUCUGGUGUAAGCCCACCACUUCCCCAGAGCAACAUUGUAGUAACACAGCAUUUUUCUAUCAGCAUAGCUGUAUCUACAUUAGAGCUUUUGAUGGCAUGGCUGUGUUGCUAAGGAAUAUGGAUUUUUCACACUUCUGACCAGCAUAGUUAUGCCAAUAUAAAUUCAAAGUGUAGAUCAAGCCUCUGUGUGAAGUGUCCUAAAAUGGAUGUAACAGUGAUUUACAGUCCACUUAAAAAGAUCCCUUUGUGAAAUGAAAUGAAAAUCAGAUCUGUCAUUUAUGACUGAACAAAGAGCACCCAAAAGAUAAUUACAAUCUUUUUAAGGCACUGGCACAAAUUGAAAAUAAAAAAUUGGUCCAUAAAAUUGACAACCUAUCCUCUUUAAAUAAAUACAUAUUUUCUAUGAAAGAAUUUCAAAUAAACUUUUAAGGGUUAAGUUCACUCAUCCAACAAUAAUACGAUUUUUUUUAAAAAGCAAGCCUUAAAAUUGAAGUGUUAACCGAUGUCUUAUCUCGUAAUAGCCAAAAUGUUUUGUUUAUAUUUUGUCUAGGUUUGUAUUCCUUUUUUACAAAAGAAUGAUUAAGGAAGGUAACAAAACAGAUUCCGUAGGAGCACUUCAGAUUAUUUAGCAUUACAUUUAAUUUAUCAGCUUUUUUGCUAGUUUUGUUUGAAAGAAAUGGCAAAGUUUUUUGGUGGGAAAUUUCUAAACUAUUUCCAUUUUCUAAAUUGAUUCAUUUUUGGGGAAAGUGCACACAGCAUAUUAGUGUGCAAAAUUUUUGAAUAUUUUUUAGUUUGUUUGAUUUUUUUUAAAGAAAUCAAUAAAAUAUUGAGGAAACAUCUGCAGAACUCCUAUUUCAUUAAAAAGAUCUUUAAGAAUAAGUCAGUAUUUUUAAGUAAAACUUUGUGUGGAAAAACUUUAACCGGCUCUACAUAAUUUUUUUUAACAUAGGUUAGGUGAGAUGAAAAACAUUAGGGAAAUGUAAAAAAAAAAUCAAUUUUAAAAUGGUUAUUAUCCACCUGGCAGUUUACCUUCUGCAAUCUUUAGGUGGCAAGUUACUUUAGCAUAUACACAACUUUAAAUGUAUGAAUAGUCUAAGUGAAUUCAGUGGCAUUGUUCUUGCAUUUAAAGUCUAGGCACAUCUUAAGUAUCUUUCUAAACUGAUUACCCUUAUCCAACUAAAUAUUUAUGUAUGUUCUACAUUCAAUUUAAGCAUAUGCUUAAUUAUGUACAGAAUACAGGUAGAUUUAAGUGCAUGCUUAAAUUAGGUGUGUGCAUUCUGGGCUGUAAAUUAGAAUUCAGCAUUACUGUCAUAAAUUCUAUACCAUUCCUGUAGGUGUUCAUCCAUGUAAAGUCCCAUGGAUUUAGUGGGAUUAUAGAAGUGCCAAGUGUAAACACAGAAGUGUAUCUCUACAAGAUUAGGACCUUAUUGAUCUGUAAUAUAGAUCUUCAUGAUUAGUUCAUGUUUCAACAACACUUUAAAAACAUAACUUACAAUUUCCCAAAAGCCAGCUGUGUAAAUGUAUGCUUAAUUUGCAUGCACAGUUACUGUGGUUAUGUAUUUAAAUAUCUGUUUAGCUGCAUAACUGAUAAUAUGUGCAAGCAAAUACCUGCUUUUCAUGAGCAGCCCCACAAAUCAGGCAUUAUAACUUCACAUGCUAUUGCACGUGUAACUUUAAAAUGAGGCCUGUAAAAGCACUGUAUUCAUGCUAUAUAUGAUUUUGGCUUUAGAUCAGGCAUGUUUUUAAAGUUAUGGAAGAAGUUUCUGUGCAGUUAAUUUUCAAACACUAAUAAUUUGAUUUUAUUUUUCUCUUUUAGAAAGCAAAAUGCCUUGGUCUGUUGUACAUUAUGGGCCAAAGUUUCACAGAACGAAUUUUAAAGUAAAAUAGAUCUGUUUUAUUAACAAGAGUGCAACAUAUGUAGAAGAAAUUGUGGUGUUUAUUUUUUUUUCAUUCCAUAUCUAUUCACAUUAAAAUGGAUUUUAUUUCAAUUUAUUAUCUUUUGGACAGAGGCAACUCAGAUCCACUCUAGAGCUGCAAAUUAUGUGAUGCAGCCUACACGAACGGUUGUCAUGUGUAACACAACUUUCGAUCACCGUGAAAACACCGCCCUGGGAAAGCGUCCAUGCUUGAUAUCGUUUGGUUCAUGAACAUUAAGUUUCCAGUACAGGUAAAAUCCCAGAUGAAGCCAAAGCCCUCUCUUUAUUGGCUCCUGCUCCCACUAUGACAAGCCUGAUGCCUGGUGCAGGAUUGCUUCCUAUACCCACACCAACUCCUCUGACCACACUUAGUGUUUCACUUGGCACAUUGGGAGCUAUACCAGCGGCAGCAUUGGACCCUAAUAUUACAGCACUUGGAGACAUACCACAGCCACCAAUUAUGGGAAAUGUGGAUCCUUCCAAAAUUGAUGAAAUUAGAAGAACAGUUUAUGUUGGAAAUCUGAAUUCUCAGACUACAACAGCAGACCAACUGCUUGAAUUUUUUAAACAAGUUGGAGAAGUGAAGUUUGUGCGAAUGGCAGGUGAUGAGACACAACCAACACGGUUUGCUUUUGUGGAAUUUGCAGACCAAAAUUCUGUACCUCGUGCUCUUGCCUUUAAUGGAGUUAUGUUUGGAGACAGGCCACUCAAAAUAAAUCACUCCAAUAAUGCAAUAGUGAAACCUCCUGAAAUGACACCACAAGCUGCUGCUAAAGAACUGGAAGAAGUGAUGAAGAGAGUAAGGGAAGCCCAGUCUUUCAUAUCUGCAGCUAUUGAGCCUGAGUCUGGAAAGACCAGUGAAAGAAAAGGCGGUCGAUCUCGUUCCCAUUCUCGAUCAGAGUCCAGAUCUAGUUCAAAAUCCCGGUCUAGAAGGAAAAGAUCACACUCAAAACGCAGGAGUAGAUCACACAAUAGAUCACUCUCUAGUCAGAAGGAUAGGCGUAGAUCCAAAAGUCCUCCCAGAAAACGUUCCAAGUCAAAGGAAAGGCGAAAGUCAAAAAGUCGUUCUCGUUCCCGGGACAAGAAAAAAGACAAAGAAAACAAAGAAAAGACCAAGGAAAAAGAAAAGGUCAAAGAGAAGGACAGGGAUAGGGACAGGGAGAAGGAAAAGGAGAGAAAUAAAGACAAAGAAAAGGAGAGGGAGAGGGACAAAGACAAAGAGAGAAACAGAGACAAGGAUAGGGACAGAGACAAAGAAAAAGACCGGGACAAGGACCGAGACAAAGAAAAGGAGAGGAACAAGGACCGGGAGAGAGUCAAGGAUCGGGAAAAGGACAAAGAGAAGGAGGUAGUCCGUGACAAGAAGGAUACAGAGUUGGAGGGAGAAAGGGACAAGGAAAAGGAUCGGGAGAAAGACGGGGACAAGGAGAAGGUUAAGGAGAAGGACAGGGAGAAAGACAGAGAAAAGAAGGAGAGUGACAAGGAGAAGGACAAAGACAAGGAAGGAGACAAAGACAAGGAACGGGAAAGAGAAAAAGAGAGGUCCAAAGAGAGUGAUGAUAAAAAGAAAAAAGAGAAGAGAUCCAGAACACCUCCCAGAAGUUACAGUUCUCUCAGAAGAUCUCGAAGUUCCAGCAGAGAAAGGCGUAGGAGGAAGAGUAGAAGUCCUUCUAAAUCUCCAAAAACAUCCAAAACAUCAAAGAGAAAGUCCUCUCGGUCUCCGUCACCGAGGAGCAGAAAUAAGAAGGACAAAAAGAGAGAGAAAGAAAGGGAUGCAAAUAAUGAAAAGAGAGACAGCGAGCAAUCCACAUCUAAGAAAAAGAGUAGCAAAGAAAAAGAUGGAAAGGAGAAGUCUGACAAAACCACUACUACACUGAAGGACAAAGAUCACACUAAAGAGGAUCCAAAUUCUGAAAUUAUUAAGGCAGCAGACAACAAAGAUACACUAAGGACAGAUGAAGUCAAACUACAACAGAAUGGGAACUGUCAACCAAACGAAGAAAACCUCUCAGUUAAAAUGGAAGAAGUAUAAAGUAGUGAAUGGACCUCUGACUCAACUGUGGAGUGAAUCCAAAGCUUUUUAUUUCCCUGAAAGAGGAAGAAAACAUCAAAGCAAUCUACUGAACAUGUUGAUAUGUACUUCCAAUUCUUGUGAUAGCUUUGUUGUCUUCUUGUUGGAAAGCAAGAAAGAACACAGACUAGUAAUAUAUCCCGUUAUAAAGGCAGAUGCCAUCAGAACUAUUCAUCUGUGAGAAUCCAUGCAUUUCCAUGAUGGCAGUACUUACUUGUAACAUGAUUUAUGUUAACUUUUGCCAAGAACUGUUCCAAAUAAGUGGAUAUUGAAAGCUGUAGACCUGUAUAAGCUGAAGGUAUGCAUUGGAAGUUGUUAAAAUAUUACUAGUUAAUGAAUUUUGUAUUGUUUUUCCUUGUGUUUUUCUUUUUUAAUUUCAAUGUGUACUGUUUUGAUAACGUGCUUGGAAAUGGUGCAGAAAUAUUAACUUUCCCUUGUAAAUGACAGCUAUGGGAAAUAAGGGGUUUACUUUACCACUCAGUUUUGCCAUUAUUGCGUUAAAUGCCCGCUGACUAGUAUGUUUUCAUUUGUUCACUGCUUGGAUUCAUUUUUUCUCAUUUAAGGUCAUUUUCUUAUUAAUGUCCCUAAAAUGAAUAUUUCUUUUAAUAGUAAUUGAAUAAUGCAUGCUACAGUUCUAUUUAUAGAAGGAACAACCACCAUACUGUAGAUAAUAGUUUAGCUUACUGGGUUUCUUCCCUCUCUCCAGUCCUUAAAAGUGAGCACAUGUGUAUAGUGUAGCAGGACUUUGUUUUGAGCCAUAUUGCAGAGGUAUUAGUUACCAUUAGCUGCAUAUGGUACAGGUGCCAUUACGAAAAUACCCCUGUUUUCAAAAUAGUAUAUGGGAGCACAAGCUUUAGCUUUAGUGCCUUCUUAAAAUGUAGUAUAUUUUCUGGAACUUUGUGUGUGCUAUUAAUUUUCAAUUACAUUUUACAUAAUUUCAAUGGCUGUUCUACCCAAGAGCACACCAGUAGAAAAGAAUGAGUAGUUUGUUAGAAAAGCUGCACUUGGUUCUCUUGGUACAAGAUUGAAGCUCAAUUUUGAAGAAGAGAUUUAUAAAUUAAUGCAAAAGUGAAGUUUGGGGACCAUUAUACUUUGAAGUAUGGUAGAUGAAUACAGAGAGAGCAGGUUCUAAUUUCAGAAAAAUCAAAGGGAGCUCUUUUCCAACUUUUUCUGUACAUUGGAUGGCCUUAAUCAUUACCUCUCAAUAAUCUACUCUAAUGUUGGUUGUGUGAUGUGAAAAAAAACUGUAUGCAAAGUUUGUUUGAAAAGAAUAGUAGUUGAAUUUACAGUAGAGUUAUAUGGUAGAGAUUCCAUGUCAUUCUUGGAUCCAUUCUUUGGAGGAGAAAGCAUGUAAUUUGAGAGAAUGAUACACUGCAAGCAUUUUUUCAAGUAAAAAUGUGACUUGUGCUCUCUGAAAUAAUCUCAUAAGAUUUCGUAAAAGUCGUACCUUUAAAACUUGUUGAAUACUAAAAUCAAGUAGACUUAUUUUUAAUACAACUUAAUACAAUCAAAAUACUUAAUUGCCUUACCUCAUGGGAAGAGUUAUUUCUAUCAGUUAAAAAAGCUGAGUAGUUAUUAGUUGCUUUCAAUUUGAUUUUCCUUUAUAAAGUUAAUACAUACAGAAGCCUAAGUCUUUUAUGGGGAAUGAAAAGUUGCCCACUUAAGGUAAUGAAACCCAGUUUGAUUGUGCAGCUGCUUAAUCGCUCUUUAUUUUUGUUAGGAUUUGAAGUUUCUUGCCAAUGUGUACCAUUAAAACUAUAGAAAAUGCUUUACCAUGUAAAGUAUAGAUAGUCAUUUUUGUGAUGUUUAGCCACAUGCAGUUGGCUGGUGAACAGCUUAUUCCAAUAAAAGAAUGACAAAUCUGUAUGCUUAUAGAAAGACUGUGAAGGAUCAUGUCUUGCAGCUGUCUUAUUUAUGUGUAAGUAGCAUAGAGCAAAGAUUGUUUGUAUACUUGUUAUCUUUGGUACCAUUUCACUAAUAAAAUUAAGUAUUUUAGAGGGAAGUUUUUGCUUAAUAUACAUUUUGAAAAG